AGAUGUGUUGUCGCUGUUGUGGUGUGGCCCAACAAAAGUUUUGGGUAUUUGGCUUCGGCGCAAUGUUUACUGUCACUGGAAUACUGUCCAUAGUACUCUGGCCAGGCUUUAUAGACGAUAUGAUCACGAAGUCACUGCCGCUCACACCUACGUCGAAGACCUUUGACAAAUGGGAGGUAAUGCCCAUACCAGUAUACGUCUAUAUGUAUCUGUGGAACUGGACCAAUGCGAAUGACGCGUGGACACCAGGAGUCAAGCCAAACUUUCAGCAGGUUGGACCGUACGUUUAUCGUGAAGAGCGAAGAAAGGAGGAUCUGGACUGGCAUGACAAUAAUACGGUGACCUUUAACUCUCGUCAUACCUGGUUCUGGGAGCCGGAGCUCUCGGGCGGUCUACAAACAGAUCUAAUAACCGCGCCUCAUCUGGUUUCAAUUGCCGCAGCCAAUACUAUGCGUGACAGUCCGAAGCUAUUGAAAUUGAUGUUUAACAAUGAAUUGAACAGCAAUGGUGGCAAUCUUUUUGUCACUCAUACAGCUGGCGAGUGGCUCUUCGAUGGAUUCUAUGAUGAGUUCCUGCAUUAUGCCAUGGAACUUAAUAAUCCUCUGGCGCCUAAGGUGGAAACGGAUCAGUUUGCCUGGUUUCUGAAUCGCAACGGAUCCAAGGACUUUGAAGGUGCUUUCACCAUACACACAGGCGUGGGCGACAUAACGAAAAUGGGUGAAAUCCAAUUUUGGAAAGGAAUAAACCAUACGGGCUGGUAUGAAGGCGAGUGCGGCCGUCUAAAUGGCAGCACAUCCGAUUUGUUUGUGCCCGGCGAGCCGCUGGAGAAACCACUCACCAUAUUCAUAACAGACACGUGUCGCAUCAUUAAUUUGGAAUUCACAGGACAGAGCGUGGAGAUCGAGGGUAUCAAGGGGUGGAAAUAUGAGGCCACAGCCAACACCUAUGACAAUGGACAGCUGAAUGCGGACAUGAAAUGCUACUGUCCUGUUGAGCGACAGCCAGACAACUGUCCCGCCACGGGUGCCACCGACCUAACUCCCUGUGCCGAUGGUGCUCCCAUGUAUAUGUCGGCCCCACAUUUCAUGAACUCUGAUCCCAGCUAUGCCGCAACCAUCACUGGCUUUGAACCAAGCUAUGAGCGUGACAACUUCUUCAUCAUUAUGGAGAGGAAAUUAGGUGUGCCGUUGCAGGUCAACGCUGCUGUUAUGAUAAGUUUGUUCAUAGAAAAGGAUGACGAUAUAACCAUAUUGAAGAACGUUCCCGAAUUUUAUGCUCCACUUUUCACCACAGCCAGUCGAGCUGUCAUCAACAAGGAACUCGCUGCUGAAGUGAAGCUGGCACUAAAUCUGGGCAGCAUAGGAGUAUAUACGGGCAUUGGUUUCCUAUGUUUGGGGCUUACAAUCAUUUCAGUCGGUAUUGUGCUCACCAUACAUCGAAAAUGGCGCGGACAGACAGCAGCAGACAAGGUGUAAGGAAUGGCAGAUGUUUAAAAAGCUACUGAAGAGGCAAUACGAGCAUAAAAGAAGCAAACAAUACAUACAAGUAUGGCAUUUGGAAAAUGUUGUGAAAAAUAUACAGCCACGCUGUGAUAGAAAUCAUUGUAACAAUUUUUGUUCAACUAAAUAAAAUGCAUUUAAUUAAA